UUCGCCUGUGUGAGGCUGUGCACAGCUGGCUGCUUUACUGACUGCAAGGUGCUAGCAGUAGCUGUCUGCCCAUCAGAUCCAGCUGUUUCCCUAGGAGACAAGAAAAAGUUAUCUUCAUCCAGAAGCUGACAGAGGCUGGAAUCAAGAAGAGCAACCCCAAGCUAGGACAGGAAAAAAAGAACAGAAGAAAUCAACUGUAACAAGACCAGAUAGAAAUCAAGAUGCCGUUGGGACGUGGUACUUUGUUGCUGUUGGUGGCUGCGGUGGGAUCAGUAUCUGGUGGUGGACAUCCAGCAGCAGCAUACCCUCAAAUGAAAUACAUGAAUCCUAUGGUCAAGGGUCCCAUGGGUCCACCAUUUAGAGAGGGGAAAGGCCAAUAUCUAGAUAUGCUACCAAUGGAUCUAAAAGGAGAACCAGGACCACCUGGACAACCUGGCCCUAGAGGACCUUCUGGGCCACCAGGAGUACCAGGGAAACCAGGAGUUGGGAAACCUGGACUACAAGGGCAGCCUGGCCCUGCUGGCCCUCCUGGGUUUGCUAGCAUUGGCAAACCAGGUGUACCUGGAAUGCCUGGUAAAGCAGGUGGCAAAGGACAACCUGGCAUAAAAGGCGAGCCUGGAAUGAGAGGGGAUCAAGGACCAAGAGGAAUGCCAGGCACACCAGGUAUCCCUGGCCCAUCAGGCAUCUCUACUAAUGGAAAGCCUGGAACUCAGGGUAAUCCAGGCUUACCAGGUCCAAGGGGUGAGCCUGGGUUUAAGGGAGAGCCUGGAGUUAGGGGUGAUAAAGGUAUAAAGGGGGAGGCAGGCCUUGGUAAACCAGGGCUACCUGGGGUCAGAGGAGCUGGAGGGCCACCAGGACCAAUUGGCCUACCUGGCCCUGCCGGUAAUGGAAAACCAGGAAUUGAUGGACAACCAGGUGGUCCAGGAGACAAAGGAGAUGUGGGUCCACCUGGAGUGCCUGGAGUAGGUGGUCUCCCAGGCCCACAGGGUCCACCAGGAAAACCAGGGUUUGAUGGGAUUGGUAAACCAGGUUUAGAUGGAUUGCCUGGUUUACAGGGACCUUUAGGACCAAAAGGUGAGCCAGGAAUAAGAGGACUACCAGGGUUACCCGGGGCACCAGGAUAUGGAAAACCAGGUCUUCCUGGCUUAAAAGGCGAUCGUGGGCCAUCUGGUGUUCCAGGAGGAAUAGGAGAUAAGGGUGAACCAGGCAUUGAUGGGGAACAUGGGGAACAAGGACCACAGGGUGUUAUUGGCCCUCCAGGACUCCCGGGAUUAGUGGGAUUACCUGGAAAAAAUGGCCUGCCAGGUUUGAAAGGUGACAUUGGACCCAAUGGGGCACCAGGUGCACCUGGAAUCCCAGGUAAUUCAGGGCCCAAUGGCUUUUCAGGUAAGCCGGGUCUACCAGGUGAGAGAGGACUUCCAGGUCCUCAAGGUCUGCAAGGGCCAACUGGCCCCAAAGGGGAUGUUGGUCAUAUAGGGCUUCCUGGUGCACCAGGUCAGUUAGGAAGCAUAGGGCCAAAGGGAGAUGGAGGAAUGCCAGGACAACCAGGACCACGUGGCCCAGCAGGAAUUCCCGGAUUACAGGGGUCAUCAGGACCUAUUGGGCCCCAGGGGCUUAAGGGAAUGAAGGGGGAGCAUGGCCUACCAGGAAUGCCUGGCAAUGGAAUCAAUGGUGCACCAGGACCCAUUGGACCAAUUGGGCCACCAGGGGUUCAAGGUGUACCUGGUUUAAAUGGGCAACCAGGGCUGCCAGGUCCACCUGGCCCACCAGGGCCACCAGGUACCUUUAAUGAUGGGGGAAUUGCUGGACUUCACUUGCCAGAAGGAGGUGUAGAAGGGGCAGUCUUAGGAAAUGGUAAACCUGGAAAGCCACAGUUUGGCACUGGAGAACUGUCUGCAAAAAUAGCCCCAGCAUUCACUGCUAUACUCACAGCACCAUUUCCACCCUCCGGAAUGCCGAUUAAAUUUGACAGAACCUUGUAUAAUGGACAUAAUGGUUACAAUCCUGCUACAGGAAUGUUCACAUGUACAGUGCCAGGAGUUUACUACUUUGCCUAUCAUGUUCAUGUCAAGGGCACCAAUGUCUGGGUGGCAUUAUAUAAGAACAAUGUACCUGCAACCUACACUUAUGAUGAAUAUAAAAAAGGAUACAUGGAUCAGGCUUCCGGCAGUGCAGUUCUAGAACUUAAAGAGAAUGACCAGGUUUGGGUACAAAUGCCAUCAGAUCAAGCAAAUGGACUAUAUUCAACAGAGUACAUCCACUCUACUUUCUCUGGUUUCCUUCUUUGCCCUACAUAAUUAAGACAAGACAUACUCUCCACCUUUAGUCAUUAAAACAAUCUAAAACAACAUGCAAAAGGAAAAAAAAAUAUUCGUAUAUAUCCACUGGGGGGAAAAAGCACAGAGAGGACACAAGUACCUGCUUUUUUCCUAUUGAAAAAGAUAGUUCUGGAAUAAGACUUUUAUAUGCAUUGUUAAUGGCUCAGUGUGUAAAAGAAGUCACUUUUUAACUAGUGACAUGUAAAAGCAAAAUGUAAGAAAAAAUGUAAGACAACUAGUUCAUGCAACUUAAAUGUGUGUUCAACUCAAAUCAACUUUCAUAGUUCCUAAGAUUAUGUUUAUUGAUGUUUUUGUGUAUUUUUUUUGGUAAUUUAUCUAUAUCUUCUAUGAUGCUACUCUGUGUUAUUUUAGUUUUACAAACGUUUCACCUACACUAAGUAUAAUGAGGAAGUCCUAAUAGAUUUGCAAUGGUUUCUAACCUUGUUAAGAUAACAUACAUUUGUCAAGAAACAUGAUCUAUUUGUUGUUUUUAUGUAAUAAAUGUUUUUUUUUUUGUUUUUAAUUAAGCUUCCCUAUUUAAGGGUGAGGAAGCCAUUUUGAAAAUUGGGAUGUCAUAUAACUCCAUGUACUGCAAACAAAUUUAAGACAUUACAAUUUAACCAAGUCUCUUUCAAGUUUAGAUAUUAUCAUAAUGGGAAGGAAAGUAACAGCUAACAAGUACAUUUAUUUAGUCUAAAUGAAAUCUGAUGUCUUCAUAUACAUUUAGAACUAAAGAGCAUUCUGUGAUUUUGCAUCAUUACAUCCCUAUGUAAUGUAAUACUGACUUUCCCUAUCAAGUAAAUCAUUUGAAGGUGAAUUAAUUGAGAUGAGAGAACAUGAAAUGUUUUCUUCAAUCUGACAAUAUAUGAUUCCUAGCUGUAAUUGUUUUUCUAGGCUCAAUCCAAUUGAAGUUUUAUUCAGCUAGAUUAAUUGAAAACUGUGAAUGACCCAUACAAUAUAAUUUACUGUAAUUUCACAACCUACCGAGAAGAGUCCAGUUUCAUGAUUAAUAAAAAAGUUAAUUUCCCCCUUGAAAA